GGUGAGCUGGGGUGUGUGCCCUAAGUACUAUGUACUGCCCCUUGAUGGAAGUGGGGAUGAUAAUAGUGCCUUGCCAGAAGGUGGCUCUGACAUCAAGUCUCAUGCUACCAGCAGUGAGCCUCACAGGUAAAGGCAAGAGGGAGGGAUGGCCUUCAGAGGCUGUGGCAGAAGGACCCACGGAGCCCUGCCAGGCAGAGCAUUUGGACUUGAGCGGGGAGACCUGAAAGGAAGUUGCCCUUGAGGGAUUCUCAGAGAUCAAGAGAGUAGGAGUUUAGGGCCCAGAUUCGGUAUAAGGGACUAAUAGUUGGAGAGCAAAUUGGAGGUGGAUUCAGGGUUGACAGUAGAGAGGGGGUACACAGUAAAAGGAAUCUUCUUCAUGAGAGCGUGACAGGAUCAAACACUAUCUCAGAAAGGUCCAUCUAUUAGUGCCGACAGGGUGGGUAGAACAAAGAAAAACGAAAAGCACAGAGGGACAGGUGGGGAGCCCUUCAGGCAAGACCCGGUGAAGAAAACAGAAAAUGCAUUAGGCAUUUUAUUAUACGGAAUUGGUUCAACGGGGGUUGGAGAAAUGGAAAAGCAAGAAGAAAACAUUGAGAUGACACAGUGGUAGAUAGAGGUUGGGUUGUCAGAGGCCUGAGGAAGAGCCCCACAGAGCUGGGAUCCAGAUUCCCGAGGAGGGGGCACAGCUCUGCUGCGAUGGGACCUCAAGAAUUCAGUGACCCACCACGUGAUGCUACGGACUGCUAGGCCCCAUUCCCCACUGGCAGGGCGCUGGGCCCCGUGUUCAGGCAAGACAUGACCAGAUCCAUUCUGGACCAUCCUGAGGGUCUGGGUUUUGAGACCACUCUUGUUACCAGUGCUACAGAAUUGGGGUCCAGGCAAAAAAGCAGAACCUACAUUAGGCACCGCACCGGUGAGAUUCCACGCGGAUGUCCGCCAAACAGGUACUGGAGGCCUGGAAGGACGAAGGGACAUCAGAAGCUUAGGAGGGGCCUGAGGAGAUGCAGAUCUCUGAGAAGGGGGCACUGCCCCCCAAUGCUGGCAUCUCUGAGGGGGAGUAAUAAGGCUGGUCUGGGAGUACAAAAAAAACCCAAACAAACUGGAGAGAAGUUCCUACCUACUGCUGGGGUGAAGGCCAUUGCCAGGGUACUGCUAAGAGACACAGAAGGCAGGUGGGAAAGGGGAAAGUCCAUCCCCCCUCUCCCAGCCACCAGUCUUUCUCUAGAACUCGCAGUGGCAGAGCCGGACAGGAAGCCCCUGGCAAAGGAGAUGCAUGUUUGCAGAGUCCUUGCUCCUGUAUCGCAAGGCAGCGUCAGCAGUGUCAGCAAUGACAACAAAGGCCACGUGGGCUUGAGACCCAGCAAAGGACAUCAGGAGUGAGGAGAGAGCGAAGGGCAUGGGAGGAGACGGGGAGACGUGGUCAGAGGUGACUGGGUACAGCUGGGAGGCGGGGGCCAAUGGUGAUGUGAACAGAACCCACGAGAUUGGUGAGCAAGACCACUUGGGACCUGGGGGUGCGACACGAGCUUAGCUGUGGACAAACAGAUUGAUUGGGUGAAGGCCCAGCAUUCUAGCAGAAACAUCCACAGGUUGUCGGAGAUACAAAGUGUGGGAGAGAAAUCCUGACCCAAGAGGUGACGGGAAAGAGAGUAAACAGGACAGAGCAACUGCGAGCAGAGGGCGGAGGACAGACCCACAGGAGUGCCCACGUUUCAGAGGCAGGAGGUGGGAGAACCAGACCCGUGCGAGGACACCAGGGCCACGGGGAAGGAGGGGGCUGCUUUGGGCCGACUCAUCCUUCAGGGACAUCAAGGAGCAUGAGAACUGAGAAAAAGCCAUUGGACUUGCCGAUUAGGAGAUCACAGGUGACCUUGCAUCAUGCCUUUGCAGGCGUCACUGUCUCUGUCCAGCAGUGCCCCUCCCCGUCGUCACCCCAGGCUCAGCCUCUCCCCAGGGAAGUGGGCCUCACUGAUGAAACUGCUCCUUCGUUUCUUUCCUCGACACGCCCUCAGACGCCUUGGUUCUCAGCUUGUGCUAUUUGCCUUUGCACUUGUCAUCGUGUUGCUCUGCAAAUGUGUUUAUCAGUUAUUUCCCUUCCCUGUGCUGGAUCCCUCCUCAGCCGACACACAAGGCUUUCCGUAAGUGUGGGUGACUCUGACUGACAGUCGGAAGAAAGAUUUAUGAAAUUAACUAGAACAAAUAAAUCUGUGGGGAAUUUCACGAGCAGGAAGAGCCAAUUUCCAACUGGAUUCAGAAGCAAAACGAGUCAGGAGGGUGGAUGCAGUCAGAGCGCAAGAAGGAAUGUGAUACGCUCUGUUUGUUCGGAGAUGGAUGGGUACCCAGCCACAGUCCAGCCCGCGGUUGCCCCUGAUGGCAGGCAAGGCUGCGGUGAUGCGGGCCCAUAGGAGCAGUGUUAGAAAUGGGUCAGGAGUGUCCCCGAGCUCUAGGAGAGGAGUGGGGUCUGGCUGGUAGAGUAAGAUGUUGGAAUUCUGGGCCAGUUACCCAGCUUUCUCUGAGCCUCGGACUCUCCGUCCGCCAAAUGAGGUUAAUGAUGGCCAUGAUAGGGGGUGGGGGCUGGGAAGGAGGGAAUCGCAUGAAUGAUUCCCUUCCAAGUCAUGGUGGUAAAUAGAAAAGCAAGACUGACUAGCUCACUCAAUCCUGGAGGAGUUCACAGGAAAUGAAAUGCCACAAGUAGUCAAGUAAUUGUCUCGCAAGAGAAAAUUAUAGGUGGGAAAAGUCAAAACUGAGAAGUGAGCAGAGCAGCAGGCUGUGGAGAAGUCAAGUGCAGAGGCGCGUGGGAGCCGACUGUAAACAUCGAAGUUCUUUUGGAUGAAAGGAUUACCCUUGAAGAAACGCGACUGGGCUUUGAAGAUAGCUCUCCUGGACCCGUGGCCCCGUCAGCCACCUCGAGACCCAGCAGUGGGCAAGACCGCCCUGGCACAGAUCUUCCGCAGCGACGGGGCCCAUUUCCAGAAGAACUACACCCUGACGACAGGGGUAGACUUGGUGGUGAAGACAGUGCCGGUUCCUGACACAGGAGACAGUGUGGAACUCUUCAUUUUUGACUCCGCCGGCAAGGAGCUGUUCUCCGAAAUGCUGGAUAAAUUGUGGGAGAGCCCCAACGUCUUGUGUCUCGUCUAUGAUGUGACCAACGAGCAGUCCUUCGCCAACUGCAGCAAGUGGCUGGAGAAGGCUCGGUCACAGAUUCCAGGCACCUCCCUCCCAGGUGUGUUAGUGGGGAACAAGACAGACCUGGCCGGCAGACGAACGGUGGAUUCGGCUCAGGCCCGGGAGUGGGCCCUGGGCCAAGGCCUGGAAUGUUUUGAAACAUCCGUGAAGGAGAUGGAAAACUACGAAGCCCCCUUCCACUGCCUGGCCAAGCAGUUCCACCACCUGUACCGGGAGAAGGUGGAGGUUUUCCACGCGCUGGUGUGAGGGCCCGGGGCGGGCAGCACCUCGCAACGGCGCUGCUGGUGAUCCGCCAGGGACUCCGGCUCCUCGGGGAGGAGAGAAGCUGGCAUUGGCUCGGCGACUUCCAAUAUGUCCUGACAGCUUUAAAUAAAAUGAGAUGUGGGAGCAGCCGCUCCUUCCGUUC